AUGACUUCCUACAACAACACUUCCUACCAACAAACGGGUCCCGAUUUCAAUCGGCUCGUAUUGAACGCAACAAAUCCCAAAAAUCAAACGGAUGAUUGGGAUUCUAUUAUGCAAAUUUCUGAUCUUUUAUGCCAAAACCCAGAUGAUUACACCAGGCAAGUGCUUCCUAUUUUGUUAGCAAGACUUAAAGAUCCCAAUCCGGUUGUUGUAAUUUACUCUCUAACACUCUCCGAUGCCAUUUUGAAGAAUACUAACGAUUAUGUAAAGAAGUGUUUUUUGAGAUCUGAGUUUGUAAACAUUGUGAAUGGAUUGACACAAGGAAGAUCGAACGAUGUAAAAGAGAAGGCAAGUGAGGUGAUUAAAGAAAAUCAGCUUACACAAUUCCCAUCAUCAAGCUCAUCUCCUCCAAUGGGAAUUACAUCCUCACCACAACAACAACCUUUGGCAUCUUCAACAACAAGACAGCCACCUCCUUUCAGAGGAAAUACAAUCCAACAACCACCUAGCAAACUGUCUACUUAUCAAGAAAAAUUGGAUCCAGAUUUGACAAUUGUCAAGGAAAAUAUUAAUUUAUUAGGAGAACUAGUGUCUGCUGCUUCCUCACCAAAUGAACUGAAAGAGGACGAUACUGCUCUUCAACUCAAAGUAAAUUGUGAGGAAAUGCAGAGAAGAAUAAUUUCAUUAAUUGAAACGAUUCCUCCAGAGGAUGUACUUUUAAAACUGUUAGAAGUUAACGAAGCAUUGAGCGACUCUCUUCAAUCAUUUGAAAAGUUUAUGAAAACUGGUAAGAAAGAGAGUCCAAAGCUUUCACAAGCUCUCAACACCUCAUCUGCUCCUCCCUUGUCACCAAAUAUCAACACAUCUUCAACUGCUAUGAGCACCUCAAGUGGAUUUGGAUCAUUGGCAAAUAGAAAUACGAAUAGAACAAACACUCCAUCGAAUCAAAACAAAACCCUCUCUUUGGACGAUUUUCUUGGAUCCAGCGUACAACCAACACCACCACAGCAACAAUUCAAUAGUAAUGUCACACCAAGCAACUUAAACGCUAGCAGUAAUAGUGGAGGAGUCAAUAGUAAUAAGGUCUCCACUGGAAACAGUUCAUCAACAACACCACUUUCUUUGGACGAUCUUUUUGGAUUAACAGCCUCAACACCAGUACAGCCACAACAACAGCGAUUGCCUCCUAUUGCCAAUAAUCCAUCUCCCUACACAUUAAACAACAACCCAUAUUCCGAUUCCAUGGAGAGAGAAUUUGGAAGAUUAAAUAUUCAGGCCGGAAGCAACAACAAUUCUUACAGCAACCCCAUUUACCCCUCCACGAAUCCACAAUACAGCACCAAUCCAUAUACACCUCCAUACAAUCCUUAUGGAGGCUCAGAUCAUGUGGACCCCAACGAUCCAUUUGGUUUGAGUAGCAAUCGACCACCACAACAACAACAAUCGAAUAACCAAUCAAACCGAUCUUCAGGUGGUUUUGCUGCUUUGGCAAACAGAGACAGAAGCAACUCGAGUCAAAAGAAAUAA